CUGCUAACGCUCCUCUCUCUCUCCUUCUGUUUCUCUCUCUCUCUCUCUCUUUUUCUGUUGCUGCGGAACAGAGUUAGAGGCAGACUCGCUCUCUCUUCCUCUUCAUUCGAGGACCUUGGAAAGCUCCAAGGCGGAGGUCCUGUGGCGGUGGUCAUCCGACGGCUGGGGGAUCCAACCUGAUCGGACUUCUGGACGUGUGUAGAGAAGGGUGUACUGCUGAGAGCUGCCAAUGGAAGCCAAUGGUUCCUACUCAGUGAGAAGAGAUAAAGUUAAAGGAAAUGGUGACCUAAAAUAUUCAACUGAUGUGAAUGAUAUUGAUCCCUGGACUGCAUGGGCGUAUAGGCCUCACACCGUUACUUUGUUGUUCCUCGGUGCUUGUCUUCUUAUCUGGUCCAGUGGGGUUCUUGAUCCAGAGAAGGAUUCAGUCCACGAUGUCAUCACAUCUGUGAAAAGGGGGGUCUGGGCAAUGAUUGCUGUGUUCCUUACCUACUGCUUGCUUCAAGCACCUUCAACAAUACUAAUUCGACCACACCCAGCUAUCUGGCGGCUGGUACAUGGAAUGGCUAUUAUUUAUCUCGUAGUUCUCACUUUUUUACUCUUCCAGCAACGUGAUGAUGCUCGACAGUUCAUGAAGUUUCUCCAUCCAGACCUUGGUGUUGAACUUCCAGAGCGUUCGUAUGGUACUGAUUGUCGCAUUUAUAUAUCAGAUAACCCAACAAGCAGGUUUAAAAAUGUUUAUGAAACAUUGUUUGAUGAGUUUGUUCUUGCUCACAUCUUUGGAUGGUGGGGCAAGGCAAUAAUGAUCCGCAAUCAACCCCUUCUGUGGGUUCUAUCAAUUGGCUUUGAAAUGAUGGAGCUUACAUUCCGACACAUGUUGCCCAACUUCAAUGAAUGUUGGUGGGAUAGUAUUGUAUUGGACAUACUAAUCUGCAACUGGUUUGGUAUUUGGGCUGGAAUGCGCACUGUGCGGUACUUUGAUGGAAAAACUUAUGAGUGGGUGGGGCUAAGUCGACAGCCCAACAUUAUGGGGAAAGUGAAAAGAACAUUGGGCCAAUUCACACCUGCACAGUGGGACAAGGAUGAGUGGCACCCUUUGCUUGGUCCUUGGAGGUUCAUUCAAGUGCUCACAUUAUGCGUCGUUUUUUUGACCGUGGAACUUAAUACCUUCUUCCUUAAAUUCUGCCUGUGGAUCCCUCCUCGAAACCCAGUUAUAACUUACAGAUUGAUCCUCUGGUGGCUAAUUGCAUUGCCCACUAUUCGGGAAUAUAACUCCUACUUGCAAGACAGGAAGCCUGUUAAAAAACUGGGGACAUUUUGUUGGCUUGCACUUGCCCUCUGCAUUGUGGAGCUUCUCAUCUGUGUCAAGUUUGGCCGUGGCCUAUAUCCCGAACCAAUGCCUUCUUGGUUAAUAAUUUUCUGGAGCGCGGUUGGCUUUGCACUUGUCCUCUUCGUUGCUGUAUGGUCAUGGCAACUCCACCGUAGUUUGAGGAAAAAAAUUCAGUGACAGACAGAGUAUGCCCAUUCUUUCAUCCUUUUUUCUCUUUUCCGAAGGGAAAGCUUGUAAAUAUUCAUGUUCAUGUUUGUAUAUCUCUUCAAAUCUCUUGAAGUUGUUUGUAGUUCCAAAAUCAUUUGUUCGCGCUUGCCUUACUGUGCGGUUCACUGCUGUUUGUUGAAAAGAUGAAAAUAAAAGCAAUUUUUCAUUUAGGAACUGAA